AUGAUUAAUAUUGGUAAUUAUCGUUUAAAACAACUUGCAUUUGAUAGAUGCCAUUCAAUUGAUUUAACUUUUGAUUAUUGUCGAGUGCCACAUAAAAUACUUAUGAAAAGAUUUUAUUCCAAUGUCAUGCCUCGUAUCAUUCAUGAUAUUAAAUCAUUAACAAUUAAUCUUUAUCGCAUUUCUUCUAUUCAAAAUUUUGUUGAAAACAACUGCAAUGGAACUCUUCUAAAUCUGACACAUUUGAAAAUUAUGUUGGGUACUAAACAUUCUCAAACAGGCAUACCUUAUACAAUAGGUCAAGAUGGUAUUACACCCAAUCAUUUUAUUGAUGGAUCUAUCUUAGAAAGAGAUAUUGUUUCAUACAUGCAUCGUUUACGUCAAUUUAAUUAUCAUAUUCGUUCAAUAUUAAAAAAUGCUUCUCAUAUUAAAAUUGAUAAAAUUCGUCAAAGUUUUCUUAAACAGCAACAACCAUUUGAUUGUGUCCUCGAUCAUUUUAAGAAUAAAUAUGGACAAUGUCAAAUCUAUUCACUUCUAUUUAUUGGUACUCGUCUUGAUUUUAUUUCAAAUCGAUUUCCACUCUCUGAAUACAUUCUCAAAUGUUACUAUUUUAUUACUCUUUGA